GUGAGCGUGGUGGCGAUGAGGCUGAACCUCACGUCGGGCCUCCUUCCGUCGCUGGGCGUCCCCGCGGGGCUCCUGGGCUUCUUCCUGGCGAGGGUGUGGAUCCGGGCGCUGGACGUGGUGGGGGUGUCGCACCUGCCCUUCACCCGCCAGGAGAACACCCUCAUCCAGAUCGCCGUCGUCUCCUGCUCCACCAUCGCCUUCAGCGGUGGAUUUGGGACGUACAUACUUGGGAUGAGCGGCAAGUCGGCCAACGAGGGGCACAUCGGCAGUCAUGGGAGGAACGUGGAGGAGCCCAACAUAGGGCGGGUCAUCGCCUUCCUCUUCCUCGUCAACUUCUCCGGGCUGUUUAUCAUCGUGCCCCUCAGGAAGAUGAUGAUCAUCCGCCACCGGCUCACGUUCCCCAGCGGCACCGCCACCGCUCACCUCAUCAACAGCUUCCAUACCCCACAUGGAGCCAAGCAAGCAAGGCUGCAGGUGGUGACGCUGUUCAAGUCCCUCGGUGCAACAGUGCUGUGGCCUAUUUUCCAGUGGUUCUUCGCCGGAGGGAAGAACUGUGGUUUCCAGAUCUUCCCCACGUUUGGCAUGGCGGCAUAUCGCCGCGGGUUCUACUUCGACUUCUCGACGACCAACGUCGGCAUCGGCAUGAUCUGCCCGCCGAUGAUCACUGCCUCGAUGCUCGCCGGCUCCAUCGUGUCGUGGGGCAUCCUGUGGCCGUACAUCGAGACGAAGGCCGGGAGGUGGUUCCCGGAGAACCUCGACGCCAACGACCUCGGCGGCAUCAUGGGCUACCGGGUGUUCGUCGGCGUGUCCAUGAUCCUCGCUGACGGCCUCUUCACCAUCCUCUCCGCGCUGGUCAGGACUGCCUGCGCCAUGCGCAAGCGCCGCCGCGGAGCUUCCACGGUGACGGCGGCGGUGCCGCCGUUCCAGUGCCUCAGCGCCACGGAGCGGACCAUGCAGAGCUUCGACGACCGCCGGCGGGCGCAGGUGUUCCUUCGCGACAGUUUCCCCACCUGGGUCGCCGUCGCGUCGUACGCCGCCCUGGCCGCGCUCUCCGUCGUCGCCGUGCCGCUCCUGUACCCGCAGCUCGGGCACCGCCACGUCGCGGCGGCCUACGUCGCCGCGCCGGUGUUCGCGUUCUGCAACGCGUACGGCGUGGGCGUCACCGACAUGAACCUCUCGGCGACGUACGGCAAGAUCGCCAUGAUGGUGUUCAGCUCCUGGGUCGGGAUGGACGGCGGCGGCGUCGUGGCGGGGCUCGCCGCGUGCGGGAUCAUCGUCAGCGCCGUCUCCGGCUCGUCCGAUUUCAUGCAGGACUUCAAGACGGGGUACCUGACGCUCACCUCCCCUCGCGCCAUGCUCGUCGGCCAGGUCGCCGGCACGGCGCUCGGCUGCGUCGUCAACCCGGCCAUCUUCUGGGUCUUCUACAAGGUGUACAACAUGGGCGGCGGCGGCGGUGACGGCGCCGACGUCGCACCGUACGCGAGGGCGUACCGCGGCAUAGCCGUGCUCAGCGUCGGCCGGCACGGGCUGCCGGACCACAGCGUCCUCCUCUGCAAGCUCUUCUUCGCGAUGGCACUCGCCCUGAGCGCGGCGAGGGAGGUGGCGGAGCGGAGGAGGUGGCGCGCGCUGCGGUACAUCCCGAGCACGAUCGGCGUGGCCGUGGCGUUCUUCGUGCCACCGAGGAUACCUGUGGGCAUGGCCGUGGGGUGCCUGGCGCUGCACGUGUGGAGGAGGCACGUCGACGCCGGCGGCGCGCGGCUGCUGUUGCCGGCGGUGGCGUCGGGGCUCAUCUGCGGCGACGGGCUCGGGUCGCUAGCGUCGUCGAUGCUGACGCUGCUCAGGGCGCGGCCGCCGAUCUGCAUUAAGUUCGUGUCUCGCUUCGAGAACCAGAAGCUGGAUGCUUUCCUCGCAACACGGCAUGCUUAAUUAGUCCUAGACUUGUACUUCCUCCGUAUUGACGCCG